CGCUUGUGACGUCGCUACCAUGGCAACCCAGGAGCCUGCGCUACCGGACAGAUCUCGGAGUUCGCGGUCCGGUUGAUUCUAGACUGGGCCUUACGCGGCUACCACGACCCUGGGGCAGCCGAGCCACUAUGCCCAGUGAAACACUCUGGGAAAUCGCAAAAGCUGAAGUGGAAAAACGGGGCAGUAAUGGAAGUGAAGGUGAUGGAGUUGAAAUUGGAGAAAAGUCUGUCUUCUUCAUUGGCAGUAAAAAUGGGGGAAAGACUACUAUUAUUCUAAGGUGUCUUGACAGGGAUGAGCCACCGAAACCAACCUUAGCUUUGGAAUAUACGUAUGGAAGGAGAGCAAAAGGGCAUAACGUACCAAAAGAUAUUGCUCACUUCUGGGAACUAGGUGGAGGAACUUCUUUAUUGGACUUAAUCAGCAUACCCAUCACAAGUGACACCUUACGGACAUUUUCUAUUGUUCUUGUUUUGGAUCUUUCAAAACCGAAUGACCUUUGGCCCACCAUGGAAAAUCUGUUGCAAGCCACAAAACUUCAUGUAGAUAAAAUGAUGAUGAAACUGGGGAAGACAAAUUCUAAAGCAGCUUCGGAAAUGAGACAGAAGAUGUGGAGUAAUAUGCAGAAGGACCAUCCGGAUCGUGAACUGAUUGACCCAUUUCCAAUUCCUCUGGUCAUAAUUGGAAGUAAAUACGACAUUUUCCAGGAUUUUGACUCUGAGAAGAGAAAGGUCAUAUGCAAGACACUUCGAUUUGUUGCACAUUAUUAUGGAGCAUCAUUAAUGUUUACCAGUAAAUCAGAAGCUCUGUUACUAAAAAUACGUGGAGUUAUUAACCAGUUGGCAUUUGGCAUUGACAAAAGCAAAUCAGUAUGUGUGGAUCAGAAUAAGCCACUGUUUAUCACAGCAGGAUUGGAUUCUUUAAGUCAUAUAGGAUCUCCUCCUGUUCCUGAUAAUGACAUUGGAAAGCUUCAUGCCCAUUCACCAAUGGAAUUGUGGAAGAAAGUGUAUGGAAAGCUCUUUCCACCAAAGAGUACCAACACACUAAAAGACGUCAAGGACCCUGCAAAAGACCCUCAGUAUGCUGAAAGUGAAGUUGAUGAAAUGAGAAUUCAGAAGGAUCAGAUUUGCAGUGUAAAGAAAAAGUACCAUCAUGUAAUUGUGAGGUCACUUGUGCACAUCCUGGAGACCUAGUGGACAGGAACUGGAACAGUACAAAAGAAGUUCUUCCAAGUCUUGGAAACAAACUGAGCUUGAUUCUUGAACCUCAUUCAACUAUGGUGUGUUUAUUUCCUUUUCCUCAAAUACAAGUAAUAUUUUUUUAUUAACUAUUAUAGUAACAAGCGAGGAAAGUUUAGAUGUGUAAUUUGUUAAAGGAAAAGUGGAAUUUCUUAUAUUAGUGCAACUCCCUGGAUACUUUUAAGUCUCUUAAAAGGGAAAAAAAUUGUAUAAUUACAUGUAAUAUAUUUUUUUAAAUAAAAAGAACUUUGCACUGCUUA